UGUCCUCACAAAACCUAGCGGCCAGACUUUUUGCUUCUCAAUUUUUUUUUAAUAUCUCGUUCUAUUUUCUUCGACUUAGUCGUCGAUUUUUUCAGUCGGUGCGAGAAUGGCCGGAAAGGGAGAGGGUCCGGCGAUUGGAAUCGAUCUCGGUACGACGUACUCGUGCGUCGGAGUAUGGCAACACGACCGUGUGGAGAUCAUAGCCAACGAUCAGGGGAACAGAACGACGCCGUCUUACGUUGCUUUCACUGAUACGGAAAGGCUGAUCGGAGAUGCGGCCAAGAACCAGGUUGCGAUGAACCCGAUCAACACUGUUUUCGAUGCCAAGCGUUUGAUUGGUAGAAGAUUCUCUGAUGCCUCGGUUCAGAGUGAUAUCAAGCACUGGUCAUUCAAGGUCGUUCCUGGUCCUGGUGACAAGCCCAUGAUCACAGUCACCUAUAAGGGUGAAGAUAAGCAGUUUGCCGCCGAGGAAAUCUCGUCCAUGGUUCUGAUCAAGAUGCGUGAGAUUGCCGAGGCAUACCUCGGUUCAACUGUGAAGAACGCUGUUGUUACAGUGCCUGCCUACUUCAAUGACUCUCAGCGUCAAGCCACCAAGGAUGCGGGAGUUAUUGCAGGCCUCAAUGUGAUGCGUAUCAUCAAUGAGCCAACAGCUGCCGCUAUUGCUUAUGGUCUUGACAAGAAGGCGACCAGUGUUGGUGAGAAGAACGUGCUGAUUUUCGAUCUGGGUGGCGGCACUUUUGAUGUGUCUCUUCUCACUAUUGAAGAGGGUAUCUUUGAAGUGAAGGCAACAGCUGGAGAUACCCAUCUUGGAGGAGAGGACUUUGAUAAUAGAAUGGUCAACCACUUUGUUCAGGAGUUUAAGAGGAAACACAAGAAGGACAUUACUGGAAACGCCAGAUCUCUUAGAAGAUUGAGGACAUCUUGUGAGAGGGCAAAGAGAACUCUCUCAUCAACGGCUCAGACUACCAUUGAAAUUGAUUCUUUGUACGAGGGUAUUGAUUUUUAUUCAACUAUUACCCGUGCCAGAUUUGAGGAGCUCAACAUGGAUUUAUUUAGGAAGUGUAUGGAGCCUGUGGAGAAGUGUCUGCGGGAUGCUAAGAUGGACAAGAGCACUAUCCAUGACGUUGUUCUUGUUGGUGGGUCUACUAGAAUCCCCAAGGUGCAGCAAUUGUUGCAGGACUUCUUCAAUGGGAAGGAGCUUUGCAAGAGCAUUAACCCUGAUGAAGCUGUGGCCUAUGGUGCUGCUGUGCAGGCUGCAAUCUUGAGCGGUGAAGGCAAUGAGAAGGUCCAAGACCUACUGUUGUUGGAUGUCACCCCUCUCUCCCUUGGUUUGGAGACUGCUGGUGGUGUCAUGACUGUCUUGAUUCCAAGGAAUACCACCAUUCCUACAAAGAAGGAGCAAGUGUUCUCUACCUAUUCAGACAACCAACCUGGUGUCUUGAUCCAGGUUUAUGAGGGUGAGAGAACAAGAACCAGGGACAAUAACUUGUUGGGCAAAUUCGAACUCUCUGGCAUUCCUCCUGCUCCUAGGGGUGUCCCUCAAAUCACUGUUUGCUUUGACAUUGAUGCCAAUGGCAUCUUGAAUGUCUCUGCAGAGGACAAGACCACCGGCCAAAAGAACAAGAUCACUAUUACCAAUGACAAGGGAAGGUUGUCCAAGGAAGAGAUUGAGAAUAUGGUCCAGGAGGCUGAGAAGUACAAGUCCGAAGACGAGGAGCACAAAAAGAAGGUUGAGGCUAAGAAUGCUUUGGAGAACUACGCCUACAACAUGAGGAACACUGUCAAAGACGAGAAGAUCAGUGCCAAGCUUCCCCCAGCAGACAAGAAGAAAAUUGAAGAUGCUGUUGAACAGGCCAUUCAAUGGUUGGACAGUAACCAGCUUGCAGAAGCAGACGAGUUUGAGGACAAGAUGAAGGAGCUGGAGAGCAUCUGCAAUCCCAUUAUCGCAAAGAUGUAUCAGGGUGCUGGUGGUCCUGAUGCGGGCGCUGGUGCCAUGGACGAUGAUGGCCCUUCUGCUGGUGGCAGUGGUGCAGGACCUAAGAUUGAAGAGGUUGACUAAAUUUUCUAUGCUCCAAAAUUGGUGGUGAUCACAGUGAUUUGAUUUUGCCUUGCUCUUUGGGGCUCAGAUUCUGUCUUUGUUUUUGUUUUUCCUAUUAGGCAUGGAAUUUGCUUGAGUCAGGGUCUCUCUCUGAUUCUCUUUCCUAUAUCUAGUUUUUAUCCUUUUCGUCUUCCCUUUAAUGAUCGCUGAUCAAAGCUGAACUUUUGCAGCAAAAUUUCUUCUUAAUUACUGUCUUAU